AUGUUGGUGACACAAGAAACCGAAAUCGAGAUUUGUCAACGGUUCGUGAAGCUGUCGUGCGAGAAAAUGAUGCAAUCCAAGGGCACGGGCAAGCUGAGAAGAAACCUGCUCAUCCUGCGUUUGUUGAGAAAGGCUAGACAAGACAUGCACAGGUUGGUCUUUUUUUUAAAUUCCUUUUUUUUAAAUUUUAAAAAAUUGAAAAAAUUUUUGAAAAGUUUGUGAUAAAUGUUAAUUUUUUGCCAUUUUUUAUCGAUUACUAAAUUUUAAAAGCAAAUUUCAAAAAAAUUUUAAUACAAUCUAUUGCAUUAAGGUACUAAGAGUACUGUAAGAUAUUUUGCAAAUUUUGAAAAAGCUAAACUUUAAGUUAAAAAUUGAAAAAACUCUGACCAUCCCCCUACCAUCCUCUCUAUCUUCUUACCAUACCCCAGCCAAAACCUUGGUCCUACUGUUAAGUCCAAGCCCCUCCGUCAUAAUAUUUCUUUUUUACGGCUAGCCCUUUUUGUGACCGGUGACAUAAGGCUUUGUUAUGUCAUUCAUGGCCAUCUGUUCGCGAUCUUUGAGCCCCUCCAAGGUAAUCCGAGAACUUUUUCCAGCGCAUUACGCCCUCAAAGUACAAGUUUUGUAGUAAUUUGACGAGGAAAACGUACUUGAAAUGGCAAUGGUAUUUAUGGAAAUGUAUUUUAAUCAAAGUGGCAUUACAGAAUGUUACUUUUGAGAUUUAGAAAUUGGAAAAAAUGGCUGAAAAAUGGCGAAAAAAGCUGAAAAUUGGGCUCAAAAACUGAUUUUUGGUAAAGUAUGGUUAAUAUUUUAAUUCAUAACUCAAAGUAAAGCGUUUACCAUGCAGUAAAAAGCAUGUAACAUCAUUGCCAAUACUAUAGGUUAACUUUCCAUUAAAAUACUUUUUCAAAAUUUUGUCCAAAAAAGCCGUCAUCGCUAAAAAUUUGCAAAAUUUGUGCACUUUUUCGCUCUUUCGGACUCUUUGACAUGUUUCACAUGGAAUUACUAGAAUUACUGACACAUAACUAAUAGUUAUUGACCCAUAUGUCAUAAAAUUUUUUGUCCCGAAUUAAUUCCCGUCUUCCGGCUUAAUUAAAACUUACUGCGACGCCGACUUUAUGCUAAUUAAGGAAUUAGAGUUUGUAAAGGAAAUUGGCCCAAAUUAAUAGUACAAGGCUUGUUAGUACUAGUUUUUAGGCUGUAUGAAGAACUUUUUAAUACGAGGGGUCUUAAAAUGCACGUUUAAAACUUUUUAAAAAAAAAUUCUUUUUGAAAAAAUAUUUUUAUUUUCAUUAAGUUUCUCAAUUCCCCUAAGGCGAUAUGUUCGCUUAAUUAUCAGUAAAGGUCAAUGGGGGAGCAAAGUCUGUCUGAAGGCUUAGGAAACCUAAUCAAUUUGCUUGUAACACCAUUUUAAUGCUUUUGGAGCGAAAAUUGGCUAAAAUUGACUGGUUUACAGCUCUUCAAAGUUGUAAUUUUGAAAUCGACAAAACUACUUUAAAUCAACUUGAUAAAAUUUUGAAAUUUAUAGUUUUGGGUAAGCAAAAGACUGUAUUUUAAAAUGGCAUAAUAAGAUUUUUAGUUUUAGGUUGGCUAUCUAUCUAAAAAUGGCAUUUUUCUCAAAAAAAGCUGAUGAAAAACUUCAAAAUUCAGCGUUUUCUUUCAAAAUUUCAAGUAUUUUGCUAUUUUUACAACAAACCGGCCCAAAUUGAACUCUUGUUUGGAGUGUUUAUGUGUGUAUAUAUAGAAAUUGGGCCCAUAUAUCAAUUUUCAUAUUCAAGUCCAAAGGCCAACACACUUUUUUCCGUUUCGUUCCCAGGGUUUUUGCUGCAAAAUAGCCGAAUUGAUGGUUUUUAAACGGCGUUCCGUGAAAAUGAAGAGCUGAUAAUGACUGUGGACGAGGAGAGAUAAGCGUUUUUGCAUUUGCCUACAGGCUAGACUAAAAUUUCUAAAAAAUAAAAAAAAAAAUUUUUUUUGAAAAAAAAUUUUUUUUUGAAAUUUUUUUAAAUUUAGCCAAAAAAUCAUUACAUAACACUAAAACAAGAUAUAAAAUUUCAAAACAAUAUUAAAAUUUUGCUGGCAGACUGAUAAUACCAUCAAAUGUGCUGAUAAAGGCAGGUGGUAGUGGAAGGUGCAGAACUGAAGGAAAAAACAAUAUCACAAGAUGGUAAUGUUCUUACUAUACGGUGUUAUCGUUGAUAAACUGUCAAUGCAGCUAUUAAAAAUUGAUUCUUGUUUUUUACAGUUUUAUCAAUGAGGAAAUAGGCUUAGGAUGAGGAGGAAGUGAAAGAAGUUUAGGGAGAGUAGAUGAAAGAGGGUCUUAGGAAAAUGAGUGGACUGGCUUGGGGUUUGGACUAAAAUGGAUGUUUUUAGUAUCAUUUUGUAGCCAAGGAAAUAGGCUUUAAAACAAACCUAAAUUUGGGUACUAACGUUUUGGUUUAGGUUUAAUAUAAGCCUAAGAAAAAAAUUUAGAAAUUCAAACAUUUUCAAAAUUUUAAUUUUUAAAAAUUUUUAUUUUUUUAAAUUCAAAGUUUUUAAAAAUCAAAAAUUUUGUCAUUCCCAACCCUCUGGACCAGCUACCGUUCCGCUCUUUUUGUUUAUUCCCGGUCUAAACAGGAAAUUGACUUUUGUCGCAUGGGGAAUAUCGAUGAUCAUGAUAACACCGCUCUCCGGGGACGCGCCACAGAUUUGUUUUUUAAUCUCGGAUUGGGCUGGGGCUUAAUCUCACCAAUAUUCGACAGCUCGUGAAAAUUGUUGAGCUUGGCCGCUUGAUGAGCAAAGAUUUAAAAUUUUGAGGUUUUGGCGUUACGAAGAUGGCUGACAGAUUAGGGAGGUAUUGAUUGGGGGGGGCGGAAACGGGAGGAGGAGGUUGAUGAAAAAGGCUUUUUUGAGAGCAUAGGAAAGGCUUAGGUAAGGGUAGGGAAGGGGAAAGGUACAAAAUGUAUUUUUAAAAGAGAAAAGGGGGGAAGGCGUAGAGGGUAAAAAAUAAGAGGGGAGGGGAUAAAAAUUUUUUUUGAAAAAAAAUUUUUUUCUUAGGCAAGCUUCCAAACUUUCUCUAACAUCUUUUCUAGCUUACACCUCUACUAAUACCCAUUCUCUACCCUCCUCAUUGUCACAUUCUUUCUCCCUUCUCAUCAUCCAUCCCCCUUUACCACACUCUCCCACCUCCCCGCCGUCCCCAUAACUCCAUUCUUCCCCUCGCAAAACGAGCCGCCAAGAAGCAGCGCAAGCCUUUAAGAUGCAAGAAAAUAUUUAAAAAACUAGGAUUAAAAACUUUCAUGUCAUGCCGAAAAAGUAUUAAGCAUUGGCUUUUCAUGAUUAAGUACAAAGAACUUUUCCGGGCAAAUUUAAAAUUAAAACGUUGUACAAGUUUUUGAAGGCCACGGAAUUGGAAAUGGGGUUUUGAAAGGUUUUUUUAUUCAAAUUGGUUUUAAAUUCAAGUUUUGGUUCAAAAGGGUUGGGAAUUUAAAAAGUGAAUUUUUAAAUAGAUUACAAACCGAAAAUUAAAAAUUGUUUUAUGCCAUUUUAAAAUACAGUUUUUUUGCUAUUGAAAACUAAUUGUUUUAUAAUUUUAUCAAAUUGGUUUCAAUAAGUUUUGACAAUUUCAAAAUUGCAACCUUGCAAAGCUAACGACCAUCUAUCUACCUCUCAAUUUUAGCCAAUUUUCGCUAAACCAAAAAAAAUUUUUUUUGCAAUACCCUAAGUUAUAGUUUAAAAAUACCAUAUCACAUGUUUCCAUACCCUCUCCUUCAGUUUUUACCCAUUUUUCAUUCAAAAACUUGCGAAAGUUGGAAGCCAUAAAUUGUGCAGAAACCUUAAGACUCGCUUUUGAAACUUGCUCAGUGUUUCGGAAGAAAGCAUUUAUUAAAGUGCGGGAGGUCUUUGUCGUUUCAUAAAUUCAAUUUUGGCUAUUUUUGGAACGGUUGGGACAAAAAAAUUUAUUUUUUAAAUUUGGCAAAAAAAUUUUUUUUUUAAAUAUGAAACAGCAUGUCCUUCUAAGCCUACACAACAAUUUUUAUAAACUUACCUCAAUUUUAAACCAAAAAAAUCCAUAAAAACUCCAAAAAGUCACCAUUUUUUCAACCCCCCCCCCCCCCCUUAUUUAACUCCUCACAUUUCAUUUGUUUUAAGCCCAAUCCUAGGUUUGGCUGAAUAAUUAGGGGGGGGAGAGUAAUUAGAAGUUGUUUGUUCAGGCCCUUAAUCUUUUGCACUUUCGGCGAACGGGUCAACGCAUCGGCGUAAUUAUUCCUGUUUUUUGUUGGUUAAUGAAGGUAGAAUCUCGGUGCCGUUUCAAUUAAUGGACAUAUGUUAGGUCAUUCGACUGUGAAUGGAAAGAAUUUUGAUAGGAACUUGGGGGUGAAAUCAUGUAUUUUUAGGUGGGUAAGGUUGUAGGAAAGUUUUUUUAGGGUGGGCGGGGUAAAAAUUCAAAAAGAAAUUUUUUUGCGAAAAAUUGAGCUUGGUCCCCCCUGUGGAUCUAAAAAAAAAUUUUUUUGAAAUUUUUUGUUAAAAUUUCUAAAAACAGCUGAGUUUACAUAGUAUUAAACACACAGUACCAACUAUACAGAAAGCACCAAAAAAUUCAAUACAAACACACACAAUUACCUAACACAACAUAUAUACUAGAACCAACAUCCAAAGAGCAGCCAAAACUAAAAACCGAUCAAUCCAUCAAAAUCAAAGCCCAUUACCUAUCCAAAACUUAUCCAUCUACUAGUCAUUUUAAUUUUAAACUUAUCAAUCUUUGCCUUUCUCUACAAUCACCUGUUUAUGUUAUCCUAGAGGGGUUUUACAGAUUUUUCGAAAUUUUGAAUUUUUUUUUAAAUUUAAAAAAAAUAUUUUUCAUUAUACAUUAUUUAAAAUAUAAAACUAUUUUUAAAUUUUAAAAACUAAUUUUUUAAAUAAAAAAAAAAUAUUUUUCAAUAUCAAAAAAAAUUUUUUUUUAAUUUCAAAUUUUUUUUUUAAUUUUAAAAAAUUUUAGUAAAAACUCAAAAUUUUGCUCUCAAAAAUUGUUUAUGCGAUGUGUGUUGUUUGUUUCGGAAGUCGAUGUUCGUCUUUAUUUCUUUUGUGUGCGCGCUCUGAUUGCAUCAGACUCAUUAGACCCAAAGAUUUGGAUGACUGUCAAUCAAUCAGCCCCAAAUCCAAUAAAAAGUCCAACUGAAUUGCGCUAUAACAUUAGGGGUGGAGGGACAUGGACAUUGUGGAGGGAAUGAGAGAGGGGGGGGGGAGGGGUUGAAAAGUCUUGAUUUUAAAAAAUUUUUAAAAAUUAAAAAAAAAUAUUUUAAGUUUUGCCUAGAAUUGCCCUAGUCAAAUAGUAGCUCUGGUUAUUCUAGCCCUUCUCUAGUUUUUCCCAAGUCUUACUAUAGCCUUAACUUAGCCCUACUCAUGCGCUACUCAAGCCCUACCCAUGCCUUACACAAGCUCUACUUUUGGCCUACCCAUGCCUUACUCAAGCUCUACCCAUGCCUUACACAAGCUCUACCUAUGGCCUACGCACGCUCUUCUCAUGCUCUAUCCAUGCCCCAUUUCUACCCCACCUACCCCAACCCAUCCCAAAAACUUCCCCACACCCUCCCUCUCUACCCACCCUCUCAAAACCCCCUACUCUCUCUUAACCAAUCCAUAAAAGCCUGACAAAGUUGAAAAGAAUUAAGUGCGCAGGUGGUUCGACGCAUAAUCACACUCCAUAUGCCUCUCGAGCUGUCGUUUUCUGGCACGCUCUUGACCCAGGUCGAUGCAGAUUAACAGUGCACAAAAGAGAACAAAAGAGCACGGAGCAGAUGUUGUUAAGCAAAUGUACAUACGAAAUUUGAUAGUUAAGGGUUAAGUCGAUAAUAGUUUGAUAUUGGGGCUUAAGGGGGUAAUAUUGUGAUAUUUGGGCUUAAGUGAGCAAGUCUUAUUUUGACCAAAUUAGGCAAUAACUUUUUAUAUGGGUUUAACUGAGUACUACUUUGAUAUUUGUGCUCAAGUGAGUAAUAUUUUCUUAUGUGGGCUUAAAUGGAUAAUACUUUGACAUUUAGCCUCAACUGGGUAACACAGUCUUAUUUGAGCUAAAGUAGGUAAUACUUCCUUAUUCGUACUAAAUUAGGUAAUACUUUUUUGGUAUUGGCAUCAGUUUUGAAGAGGUUUCGUAUUGCUAGUAGUAGGAUUAAAUGUUGGGCGAGGUAAAUUUAAAACGAAGGGAAAAAAAACAAAAAACAUUUUUUUUGGAAAAAAUCAACAGGGGGGACCAAGUUCAACUUUAAAAAAAAAAUUUUUUUUGAAAAAAAAAAUCUGGGCUUAGAUAAAUUAUUUUUUUUGUGUACUGUUGUGGUAGUCUGACCAUUUUCUCUAUUUAGAAAUGGCUCUGAACUUUCAUUUUUUAGUUUAAAAUUUCAAAAAUCACUCCCCAAAACCCAACAGUCCAAAGUACCUUCUGGCCAAACAAAGCCGUUUGAUUAAAAGCAAAUUUGCAUCGUGUGCAAGCAGGUGGCUGCAAAGAUUAACGACUUUUUGUCCAUGUUUACGCAGCCCCCCAAUUUGUUUAUUUUUUGUGGCAAUUUCCUUUCGCUUUUCGCGUCUAAUUUUCUGCAAAGAUUCCAUCUCGAGCGAUAAGCAAGCACAGCGGGUGGGGGCUUUUAAGAGCAACGGCUGGGGGAUAUACAGCGAGAAUUUGAGAAUGGAAAAGGAAAUGAAAUGUGAAAUGUCAGAGAUUAGAAUGAGGCUAAAGAAUAGUGUAAAAUUUGAAAAAAUAGCGAGAUAUGAGCUGAAAAUAGCAAAAAAAAUGAAGAAAAAUUCACAGGGGGGACCAAGCUUAAAUUUUCCAAAAAAAAAUUUUUUUUUGAUUUAAAGGUAUUAAUUAAAAUUGGUAAAAAAUAUGUAUCUUUACAUCUGUUUAGGUCAUGUCUAUUUUAAAAGCGAAAAAAAAAUUUUUGGAAAAAAAAAUUAUCUACCCCCAAUUUAUCCCUGCCAAAAAUUUUUUAAAAAAAUUGGCACUUGCUUUUUUAUUUUAUUCAUUUCGGAAUAUAAAUUUCAUUUUUUUACCCUACCUUCCCCCCUACUAUUCAUUCUCUACACGAUCAUCACCCCCUUGUCCUCUCAAUCUCUCCUUCACUCAAUCCCCUACCACCGACCCCCGUUUAUACUCCCCACCAAUGACCCCCGUUUCCACUCCCCCGCCGUGUUCUUGAACAACCUUUCUCUCUUUAAAACACCGAAGCAUUAACAGCCAAUUACGCCGGCGCAAAGAGGAGAAAAAAACAAGUUUCAAUGGAUCGUCUUACCUGUGGGGUGCCUUAAUGUCUGUGCGCAAAGUGCAAAGAAAAAAGAUUUGGAACGGUCGAAAGCAGGAGAGAAAAGGCAUUGAAACACACAUAAACAGCAUUGAUUUUGUUUACAUCACAAUUUUUGUGCAAAAAUAAAAAAAUUUAAAAAUUUUGAAAAUUUAAAAAUUUCAAAAAAUUUUUUAAAAAUUUUAAAAUUUCAAAAAAAUUCAAAAUUCAAACCAAAAAAUCUUCAAAAAUCAAAUUUAUAACCUAUUUCAUUCUAGAGUACCAUACGAAUGUGCGGAACUGAUCAAGCAAACCCCACCAACACCACCACCCAAGAAGCCAGCACCACGUACUCGCUUCAUGGACGAUGAUUCCGCACAGACUUCAGAAUCCUCACUAUGGCGUUGGAAAGAUCGUCGCUCCUUGAAUCUGGACGAAACAGUGGAAGUUGAUACGGACAAACGUGCCGAAUCCAGUCGCCAGCCCACGAUGACAGUGGUGUUUGAUGCUGACGCUGAUGAGAAGACUUCUGAACCCGUGGACGUGGAGUUUGAUCUGAAGCAAGGUCAAGGAUUAUCGACCGAAUUCGGCGGUAAAUUAUGGCAAUCUAGUCGGAAUGAGGAGUUUGAUGAGGAUGAAAGACCUCCAGCUGUGUUUCAAUGUGAUGGCUACAGUACGAAGAGCGAUUUUUACAAUACGAACAAGAAAUUCUACAGUACAAAGAGUGAUAUUGAGUUCUUCAGUACUGAGUCGAGAUCCGAGUUUCUUGAAGCUACAAAGAAGGUCGAGUUCUUUGAUGCUACUGGAUUAAGUAGAAUGGCUUCUGAAAAGCACAGUAUGACUUCUAAACUUACAGUAUCUACAGUACGGAAACCAGAGUUUCGUUGUACUCAAGCUACUGGCAAGAUCCAAUUCUACAGUAUAGAAGAUGCUGUUGUACCUGAAGGUUCAGAGCUUAAACAAGAUUCUGAAUUUGAAGCUAUGGACCUUAAGGAUUCUGACGCUCCAACUGAAGAUUCUCAAGCCAAGAAGAUGGUUUCAUACCAAGAAUUUGAAGUCAAGAACUUAUCUUUAUAUCAAGAUUCUGAAGCCAAACACUUCUCUUCAUACCAAGAUUCAGUAGCCAAAACUUCUACAGCGCUACACAAAUCUAAUACUCUAGAAGAUACUGUAAUCACUUCUACCACACCCCACGAAAUUACUGAUUUGGCCUACGAAUCCGACGAAGACGAGGACGAAUUCACGGAUUCCGAAUGCGACGACGAUGGAGCACUGCUGGACGGUCGCUCCGACGAAAAACGCCGCCUACGCAAGCGAAAACCCCACCGUUCCGGAAGUGGACGUUCCGAGAAGCGGGCCAAGGAUGCGGACGCAGAUUCUGGAGUCGACGUGGAAGGUGUGGUAGGCGUUAUCGACGAACAAUGCGUUCCAUCGCUUUAG